CCCGAACCCGCCUACCACGCCCCCGAGCCCGCUUACCACGCCCCCGAGCCCGCCUACCACGCCCCCGAGCCCGCAUACCACGCUCCGAAACACUACGAGCCCGAAUACCCUGAUGUCCCACCCAAGUACAACUACAACUACGGCGUCGCCGACGGCUACUCCGGCGCCAACUUCGGCCACUCGGAGUCCCGCGACGGCUACAAGACCGAGGGCAGCUACACCGUCGACCUCCCCGACGGCCGCAAGCAGACCGUCAAGUACGUGGACAACGGCGACGGUCUCGUAGCUGAGGUCAGCUACGAGGGCGAGGCUCAGUACCCCGAGCACACCCCCGCCUACAAGCCCGCUCCCCCCGCCUACGCCCCCCCUAAACCUACCUAUGCUUAAAUCGUGGAGAGAUUUAAGACAGAUAAUCAUAUGUACAUUAUUUAAAACCAUUCAACACAGA